UAGAUUCAGUGACAGAUCCUUGGAGCAAGGAGGUCCGGCGCUCGAAACCUACAUUCCAGAUAUGGUCAUGGUGACCAUAUCAGAGCGCCCAGAAUACUACCACAAGAAGACCAUCGUGAAACGUCAUCGGAGACAAAAGCUUCGUGACAUGAGAAGGUCAGUAUUGGUAUUGUUUGGACUGUCUAUCCUUAUCCGCCUAGAGUGUGCCGAAUACCACAAUACCACGAUGUUGCAUAAUGUCCACAAUGUCGUUGAUUGAUGUGUGAAUACUGGGAGAGUAUGAUGCCCGGGUAGUGAUGUUGAAUAUCUGAUGGGACUCGACUCGAAUUCAAAAAACCAUUAGAAUUGAGCGAGAACAGUAUGCUUCCUCCACCUAAAGUCCAUUUCAAGACGGCGAUCAACUUAACGCCUGCGACCGAAGAAACUUCGCAGGAGUAGCGCUGUAGCCCAAAGGGUGCACGAUAUAAUGAAUC